GUAUUUAUCUGUAGUAUUUUUUUAUGGAUAAUAGGAUAAAUUAUUUGUUUAAAUAAAAAUAAGAACUUCUAUUUAUAACACAAAAGGCCAUUGGUCUUCUUCGUGUGACUUCACCACUUCCUCAUCUCCCCACAAAAAUGGCUCUCUCACUAUUUUACGUCUUCAUCUUUCUUCAAGUCUUCACCAGUGUUAUUUUUGCUGCUUCAAAUGAGGAAUCCAAGGUUUCUAUACCAACGCCACCAUCGCCUACGUCUCCGUCGUACAAGCCACCCACGCUGCCUACUACUCCGAUUAAACCACCCACCACAACACCUCCGGUCAAACCUCCCACCACUCCGAUCACACCAACGAAACCACCGGUUAAAUCAUACCCAAUCCCUCCGGUCAGCCCCCCUACGUACAAACCCCCAACGCCAACGGUUAAACCACCCACAACCCCACCGAUCAAACCACCGCUGGUUCAACCACCUACGAACAAACCUCCAACGACACCGCCAGUCAAACCACCUACAGCGCCGGUUAAACCAACCCCAAUACCUCCAUACACGGCGCCACCGGUCAAACCAACCCCGACACCGCCGGUUACGACACCACCGCCGGUUAAACCACCUGUCAACCCAACCCCAAGACCUCCAGUUAAACCACCUGCAGCACCGGCCAAACCUCCGACACGGCCCCCCGUGGGAACUCGGAUAGAUUGCGUUUCUUUAUGUGGGACACGGUGUGGCCAACACUCGAGGAAGAACGUAUGUAUGAGAGCGUGCGUCACGUGCUGCUACCGCUGCAAGUGCGUGCCCCCUGGCACGUACGGUAAUAAGGAAAAGUGUGGAUCUUGUUACGCCAACAUGAAGACACGUGGCGGUAAAUCCAAGUGUCCUUAAAGACCUUUUAUGCGAAAAAUGGUGUUUUAUAAGUUUGUAAUGCGUUUUAUUUUUGUUGUUGGAUGUGCGUUUAUGGAAUGAAGAAUCUUUUUUAUAUAAGAAGAAACAUUUCGAUGAAUUAUUAAAGUUUCAAAAAUCGUAUGUUAUAAGUUUAUCAAGUUAUUCGUGUACUUUCGCCCCACGAAA